CGUGUUCCCACAGGCCUUCCCCGGGCACUCCCAUCACCCCCGCCCCGGGCCCCGGUAGCACGAAGCCGCAAUCUGGACACAUUCCUCGGAUACCGAGACAAGCCGAGCCACCUCAUCUCCUGUCAUCAAGUAGGCCGCCACCUGCCGUCCGCUGCGCCGGAAGCGUGGUCCUCAUCCAGGGGGCGGAGCUGUGAGCAGGACGCGGAGAGGCAGUGUUUUUUGUCGGCGCGAUGGAGGCGGGGCAGGACGCUCUGGCGAAACAGAUCCUUCCUUGGCUUCACCUGCAGGAGGUGGUACCUUUUUGUAUUUUCGUCAUCGCUCCACUCGCUGUAACGGUUUGUGUUCUUACCAAAUCCAUUGACGAUCCCAGAGAGUACUUCCGGCUCACCCUGCGCUCCAUUUGCACGCCUGAGAGGACCGCAGGUAUUUUGAUUGUAUAAAAAAAGAAUUUAACGCUAUAGAAACUCAAACACAGUACCGCAGCGGGGGUCCAGUUUCUUCUGGUGCCGUAAAAGCUGACAGAGGAUGGUUUCUCUGUGCGCGGCGUCCUCGAUCCCGGCUUCCUUCAGCUCGUUGUCGUUCACAUUCAACAAACCCUUUGCGGGAUGAAGACGGAGUCAACAGGCCAAACUUGGACAAACACAUGCACAGAGUGGUGACUGACGCACCUCCAGUCCAUAAUAUUCCCUCUCCAGGGUCUUGGUGUACUGGGGCAGGCCAAUCUGGCUCAGCCACCAAGCGAUGGAGCGAUUGUUCAUGUCUGAGUCGCAAACACAGGCAAGGUAAAGAGGAAAAUGGCCGUAAGCAUGCUCGUACGCGCUUCUGUGCACCGACUGAAAUACGUUUAGACUUCUAGCAAGCCUUGCUGUUUGCACUGCAGCCGCUGCAGAAUGUAGCACCUACCUGAGGGCAGGGGCCGCCAGAGGAAACCUGGGAUCUCCAGUGCCUCUCCAGCUUCCUUGUGAUGUCGCGCUUUAUCCCGUCUUCCCUAUCUUGAAGUUGUCAUGUCUCCUAUUAGGUCUGUCUGUCAACUUUCUCUUAGCGGCAUAGCCUCAAACCUCAUGGCAGCCCACGGCAGGUAGCCAAUCAGAGCCGAAGAAUCGGCGUGAGCCCCCCCCCCCCCAUCCCCCCGGGGGGUGGAAAGCGAAGCAGGUCCAGGCAGGAUCCCGGCAUGUGGUUGAGCGGAGGCCAGAGAAGGUGAGGCAGCUCUCGACGUGUCACAGGAAAAAGGAAGUUGCUCUAAAGCCGCCGACAGCGUGAAAUAACACCCACCAACAGCAAAGUGUGACAGUGAAGUCAUGAGAGGACGACACAAGCAGGCCGCGGACUGAAGAACAAUCGCAAGCAAACAAAGAUGGAACUGUGGCGUCAGUGUGGAAAGUGGCUUAUUGAUUGCCGGGUCCUGCCUGAGACUCACCGGGUCACAUGGGAAGGAGCGCAGGUGUGCGACUUGGCGCAGGCGCUGAGAGAUGGCGUGCUGCUGUGCCAGUUGCUAAACAACCUGCUGCCUCAGGCUGUCAACCUGAGAGAGAUCAACCUGCGCCCCCAGAUGUCCCAGUUCCUGUGCCUGAAGAACAUUCGGACCUUCCUGGACGUCUGCCAGACCAAGUUCCACCUGAAGAAGAGCGACCUCUUCGAGGCCUUUGACUUGUUUGACGUUCGCGACUUUGCCAAGGUCCUGAACACGUUGUCCAUCCUCUCUCACUCACCUAUUUCUGUCGAAAGAGGAUUCCAACCUUUCCCUUUCGGAGCAAACAUCUCCGAUGAUGACAUCUACAACGGCCUGUCGGACAAGAUAGACGACACGGUGGAUGAGGACGACGAUUUGUACGACUGCGUGGAUGACGAGGAGGACGAAGGGGAUGAAAUCUAUGAGGACUUGAUGAGAACAGUGGAACAACCCGAAACUAAGUCCGGAGUGGACAAGCGAGAGUGUUGCCUGCAGGAGAUCAAACAGACGGAAGGAAAGUACUCUGAUACCCUGGAAUCUAUUUUACAGCACUUUAAGAAACCUCUGGAAAGGUUCCUCCAAGCUCCAGAUAUUGAGACCAUCUUUAUCAACAUACAGGAUUUAGCCCAAAUGCAUCGGGAAUUCUUAGAGGAGAUCCGUACGUCCAUUGUAACCGGCGCCAAGACCCUUCACCAGGUGUUCCUGAACUACAAGGAGAGGCUCCUACUCUACGGACGUUACUGUAGCCAAGUGGAAACCGCAACCAAACAUUUGGACAAGCUGUCGAUUACGAGGGAGGACAUCAGGAUGAAGCUGGAGGAGUGUUCCAAGAGGGCAAACAGUGGACGAUUCUCUCUCAGGGAUCUACUCAUGGUCCCCAUGCAGAGGGUUCUCAAAUACCCCCUGCUCUUACAAGAGCUGGCGAAACACACCACCGACCCUUCAGACAAGGAGAACCUGCGCACGGCUCUUGACGCCAUGCGAGACCUGGCGCAGUGCGUGAACGAGGUGAAGCGAGACAACGAGAUCCUCAGACAGAUCACCACCUUCCAGUUGUCCAUAGAGAACAUGACCAAGUCCUUGGCGCUCUUUGGCCGCCCAAAGAUUGACGGCGAGCUGAAGAUCUGCAGCUCGGAUAAAAAGUCCAAACAGGAAAGGUACGCCUUCCUCUUCGACAAGGCCAUGUUUGUGUGCAAGAAGAAGAGCGGCGAGACCUUUGAGCUCAAGGAGAUCAUCGACCUUCAUCAAUUCCAAAUCCGUGACGAGACGGCGGGGGAGAGAGACAAAAAGAAGUGGUCCUACUUGUUCCUUCUGCUGGACUCUCACGGGAUGAUUGGCUACGACUUGUUCUUCAAAACACGAGAACUGAAGAAGAAGUGGUUGGAGCAGUUUGAGAUGGCUAUGUCCAACUUGUGUCCUGAGAACUCCUCGGCCAACAGCCACGACUUCCAGAUGCACAACUUUGAAGAAACCACCUGUUGCAAGGCGUGCUCCAUGAUGCUGAGGGGGUCUUUCUUCCAGGGCUACAGCUGCGCUCGCUGCAAAAUGGCGGCACACAAAGAAUGUUUGGGCAGAGUCCCAGCCUGCGGGCGCAGUUCAGGUGAGUCGCCUUUAAUUAGCAUCAUUACAUGUCCACAAUUAACGGAAUUAUGGCCUCUCUGGCUCACAAUUUCAGACCACGGAAGUGCUGCAAGGAAGAACAGGACACAGCGGUACUCUGGGAAUGCAGGAAUCGGGUUUCCGAAGAUGGAGGCUUGUCAAGAGUACUUCGGCUUGCCGCCGCCCCCUGUGGCCUUCGGCCGACCGCUUACCUUCUCAAAAGGGGAUGUCGUGGAGUUGACGCGGGCCGAGAUCGAUCUGUCGUGGUGGGAGGGAAGGAACUUGGCUGGCGGUCAGACUGGAUGGUUCCCCUGCAACAAAGUUCAACCGUUCGUGAGUAGGCCCACUCCCGACCUUUCUGCCUUCAGCUGGUUUGCAGGGAACAUGGACAGAUCGGCCGCAAAGAACCUGCUCAUGUCCCGCUCAGACGGAACCUACCUGGUCCGACAGAAGGAUGGAGGAGAGUUUGCAAUCAGCAUCAAGUUCAACAUGGACAUCAAACACAUUAAAAUCACCUCCUGCGAUGGCCUUUUCCGCAUCAACGACAAGAAAGCCUUCAAGAGUUUAGUGGACAUGAUAGAGUUCUACCAGCAGAACUCUCUGAAGGAGUGCGUAAAAGACGUGGACACGGCGCUACACACGCCUCACAAGCAGGCCGAACAGAGAAGCUCGCCCCAUCGCACGCCCAACAACACGCUAAAAGAUGGCAUCAUGCGCAGCUUCAGCGUGGCCAAGGCCAGGUACGACUUCUCCGCCCGCGACCGCUCGGAACUGUCGCUGCGUGAAGGCGACACCAUCAAGAUCCUGUCCAAGAAAGGCCACAGUGGAUGGUGGAAAGGAGAGGUGUACGGCAGGGUGGGCUUCUUCCCUGCCAACUACGUGGAGGAGGACUACUCUGAAUACAGCUGACCAAGUGAACCCUUGUCAAAUCCGGAAUCAACAGGGUCAGCUCAUGCAUAUCAUCUCAUGUGAAUAAACAUGUUUUUUAACCAUCAAA